AUGUCUUCUAGAGCGCGCCAUGUCCUCAUCACAGGCGGCAGCCGCGGCAUCGGUCUCGCGAUUGCCCAAGCCUUCGCAAAACAAUCCUACUGUUGCACUUUGAUCUCCCGCUCCACGGAGAACUUAGAAACCGCACUAUCAACCCUCACACCGACUGCUUCGUCAACAUCAAGGCAUCAAUACAUCGUAGGAUCUAUCACAUCUCCAGACUUCUGGACGACCACACAUUUCAAAGAGCGCGGACUCGGCAAAGGCGAAGACGCCUCGAAAAUCGACGUUCUCGUCAAUUGUGCCGGCAUCACACAGUCUCGGCUCUUCACCACCACACCAGCAGAAGACAUCCAAUCCAUAAUCGACACAAACCUCACAGCGCUCAUGCUCGGCACCCGUUUCCUGCUACGGAACAAGUAUCUGCACUCGACCACCAAAUCCCGCUCAGAAGCAGGACCAGACUUCACGCCUUGCAUUGUCAAUGUGUCAAGCCUGUUGGGCGUGAGUGGCGGCUACGGUGCAGUCGCAUACGCAGCGAGUAAAGCGGGUGUGUUAGGUUUCACUCGGGCGCUGGCAGCGGAGUAUGUGGGGCAUGGGGUGAGGGUGAAUGCGAUUGUGCCGGGGUAUGUGGAGAGUGAUAUGACGAAAGGUCUCAACACAUCACAACUCCAAGACCGAAUCCUACUCAAGCGAUUCGGCAAGCCAGAAGAAGUCGCACACGCAGCGUUAUUUCUUGCGGAGAAUCAGUAUGCGCAUAAUUGCGUGUUGAAUCUAGAUGGAGGGUUAUCUGCGGUGUGAGACUGUGCGGUGGUAAGGGCUCAAAGCCAAGCUCAUAGAGAGCUGCCAAUUGCCUCCUGACUUCUAGGUGGGAAAGCUAAAGCAGAUGUGAUCGAGAGGGUAUCCAGAAGGAUGAGGGAAUUGAUGCGCCUGAGGUCGUGGGGAACCAUGGAAGUUGGCCAAGGAGGAGAAGUCAAUCCGCGGAGGACGUGUGGGGUGGAGAUGCAAGCAGAACAGGCGAUCUUGUCGCGACUCAGUCGAUCUC